CUCCGCCAAUUGGAAGGAGGGCUGAGGGGCCGCCAGGCGUCACGAUUCCAGCCGACCUGAAGGCUCGCUAUCGCCCCCUGGAGCUUGGUGGGAUGAUGGCAUGUAGGAGAGCGCGGGGCGUUCCCAGAGGCGGUGUUGGGUAUUCCGCGCCAAGCGAGGAUUUCCGGGGAAAGCAGUAGAGACGUGGCCUGGGCUAGAGGGGCUGGAGCGGACGCAAAUGAGGAGCUCGGUAGAUUGAGUGGCUAGAGAGGUCGGGGGGGGCGGGUAAGUGGCCGUAGAAAUCGGGCGGACCCGGAACACAGACGGUGGGGACCAUGACUUAUGCUUAUCUCUUCAAGUACAUCAUCAUCGGAGACACAGGUGUAGGGAAGUCAUGUCUCCUCCUGCAGUUCACCGACAAGCGGUUCCAGCCUGUGCACGACCUCACGAUAGGUGUGGAGUUUGGAGCCCGUAUGAUCAACAUUGAUGGAAAACAAAUCAAACUGCAAAUCUGGGAUACGGCUGGACAAGAAUCCUUCCGUUCUAUCACCCGCUCCUACUACAGGGGAGCAGCCGGAGCGCUGCUGGUGUACGACAUUACAAGACGUGAAACCUUCAACCACCUGACGUCAUGGUUAGAGGAUGCCCGUCAGCACUCGAGCUCCAACAUGGUUAUCAUGCUGAUUGGAAAUAAGAGUGAUCUAGAGUCCCGCAGGGAUGUGAAGAGAGAGGAAGGAGAGGCCUUUGCUCGGGAGCAUGGACUUAUAUUCAUGGAAACUUCAGCCAAAACAGCCUGCAACGUUGAAGAGGCCUUCAUUAACACAGCCAAAGAAAUAUAUAGGAAGAUCCAGCAGGGUUUAUUUGAUGUUCACAAUGAGGCAAAUGGCAUCAAGAUUGGGCCUCAGCAGUCAAUUCCAACGUCAGUGGGACCCAACACCUCUCAGCGGAAUUCUUGUGACAUAGGGUCUGACUCUGGCUGCUGCUGAACGUCUGGCCUGAACUCUGUUUUCCCCUCUCCUGGAACAGCUUCAGAUCAGUCAGCUUAAAGAAAGAGGUCUUACUCACUUUGGCUGAGAGCAGCCUCUUUUCAGUGUGUGAUGUUUCACCCUUCCACUUAAGAGACCAGGAGAGAAUUGGGCCCUUACUGGCCUCCUCUAGGGACAUGAGCAUUCCGUAUAGAGUAGGGCUAUUUUCAUCCUCACUUUAAUUUCUACAAUGUUAGGGUCAAAGUUGAUUGUCACAGUAAUUAAAAAAUAAACAACUUCCUGAGUACCUACAUCUGUUUGCCAGGCAUGGUGGCACAUACUCAUAAUUCUAGCACUCAGGAGGUUUCUGCAGGAGGAUUGCCAUAUUGCCAUGAGUUUAAAGCCAGCCUUGGGUUACAUAAGGAUUACCAGGCCAUCCAUGGUUACAUAGUAAGAUCCCGUCUCAAAAAAGCAAAGGGAGAAAAACUUUUAAAGGAAUAUGUAUCUGUUCCUCACCUAGUUGUGUAGCAGCCAGGGUGAAGGACAUUGUGAUUGAACACUUCAGAUUACCAGAAUCUGGCCUUUGGAUGAUAGAUGUGAACCUAGUCAAAUCUUUAAGUUUUUUAUUUCCUUAUCUUGGAAAGUCUGUCACUACCAGAGUUCUUGGAGAAGGCAGUUCCCUCCCCUUACUCAAGGAGGCUCUGUGUCUUUGUACUUUCUCAUUGCUAGUUUCAUUUUAUUUCACGUGUGCGUGUGUCCAUGCGUGUGUUUGUGUUCACGUAUUAAACUUAAAUUUAGGUAUUGUUCCUCGGGAGCCCACCACUUUGUUUUCUAAGAUAGUCUCUUUCUGGGACCUGGGACUUGCUGAUUAGGUCAGGCUGUCUGGCCUCCCUUGUUGCUGGUUCCUAAUUCUUAACUACAAAACUCUUGAGAGAAAUGGAGUUGGUCCUGGACCUGUGGUCAUAUAUUCCUACCUAAGAAGAAAACAUUAAUUUUUAAUUUUGUUUAGGGGACCAAUUCUAACAUUACAUUAUUUUCCACCAAAUUGACCUCGACUUUAUCUCAACUGUUUCUCUCUCUCUCUCUCUCUCUCUCUCUCUCUCUCUCAGUAUUGGGUGAUUGAACCUAGGUUCAUGUAAGUGUUCUACCACUGAGCUAUACCCUCAAGAGCCUUUUCUUUAACUUUUCAUUUUGAGACAAGUUGCCCAGACUAGCCUUGAACUUGCUAUGUAGUCCAAGUGGGUCUUGAACUUGUUAUCCUACAAUCCUACAGCCUUCCAAGUAGCUGGACACACUCCCUUCUUAACCACAUCUGUUUGACUUUGUCCUUUAAUCAAGCUAAUUGGCUUGUUGAGGAUGACAUUUCUACUUCUGUACAUUGGCACGGGCUCUGCACUCUACUAAUUAUAGUAAAAGUUCAACAUUAUUUCCUUCUUAAAAUCUUCAGUGACUGACCAGGGAGUUCUAAGCAGUUAUUAACAUAGUGCCCCUAGCAUUCCUAUCUUGGUUAUUCAUAUGUAUAUUUAUUUAUAUGUGUUUCACUAUGUAAAGGUGUUUGUGGUGAUUUUACGUGUGGGAUCUGUCUCAUGUAGGAUGUAAGCUCUGUGAGAGCAGGAUUCUUGUCAUCCCUUAUUAUAAGCCAGUUCAUCUGCCAGUCUUUUACUGUGCCUAGUACAACUCAUUCUGCGAUUGUGCAUUUGAGUGACAUGCUAAAACUUCAGGCUUACUUUAGACUGUAGAAGAAAUGAAAGCCUUAGAGUCCUCUCUUUAUAAUCAUCUCAGUCUUUCCCCUUUACUUAUAUGUUUUCUGUUGCUCUUCUCUCCUGCCUUGAACUUACUGCCUCCAUUCUCUGCAGCAUACAGUAAGAAUGCUUGUUCCGAACAGGGAGCAGGUAUUUCUCCAGCCCUCUUAGAGCAUAUGAUGCUAUUGUGGCCCAGUUUGCCUUUGUUCACUUAUCAUUCCGCCUUCUGGGUCAGUUGCUAUCUUCUUCACUUGUCUAAUUUAUUUUUUUCCACAGCACUGAGUUCUCACUGAAUUUUCUAAUUUUUAUUGUUAAUGAUUGUUUCAUUAUUAAAUAUAUGCAUGUAUCCAAGCUGCUUCUA